GAUUUGCAUGUAGAGCUGGAAGACGAAACCCAGAGUAUUUCAGUUUUUACAGUGAACCAAAGUUCAUCUGGUCAUCAGAUCCUCAUCCAGCAGCGUCUCUCUCAGUGAGUCCUGACAGAGAUCAACAUUUCACCUCUGAGUCUGUGACACUGAACUGUGAAGGAAACUCUACUGAGUGGAGAGUGAUGAUGAUUAGAAGAUUCAGAUUAUCACCAUUCCCUGGAACAUGCUCCAGGCUAUCAAAACCAGGAUUCUCAUGCACCUUCACCAGCCAACCGACCGAUAAAUCAGUGUACUGGUGCGAGUCUGAAUCAGGAGAGUUCAGCAACGCAGUCAACAUCACUUUUCAAUAUGAAGAUCUUCUCCUGGUGAGCCCUGUCCAUCCUGUGACUGAAGGAGCUUCUGUCACUCUGAGCUGCAGACUGAGAGGAGAAAACAAACUUUCUAAUGUGAUUUUCUAUCAUAAUGACAAACUGAUCCAAAAUGACAGCAGAGGAGAGCUGAAGAUCUCUGCAGUGUCUCAGUCAGAUGAAGGUUUCUACAAGUGUCAACAUUCAGGAGACGUUUCACCUCAGAGCUGGAUGGCUGUUAAAGCUACUAAACCUGUGUUAACUCCUGGAAGCUCUUCAUUUCCUGUGCUGUUGGUCGUUGGAUCAGUGAUUGGAGUCGUUCUCUUCCUUCUCCUGUUGCUGCUGUGUCGGUUCAGACAGACCAAAGGUCCUGGAAGAGUGGAGACUGUCUACCAGGACGAGCAGCAGCAGCCAGUGUACUCCGCUCUCCUCCAUGGAGACCUCGGAGUUUACGAAACAAUCAGACGGCCUGGAAACUACGUAAAUGUUUCAGGUCAAGAACAAUCGGAUUAUGCUGAUGUCAGCGCCAGGUCAGAUUCAGAUUGAAGAUUUUGUCAAGAGGAAUGAAUCAACAAGCUUAUUAUGUCACGUUUUAUUGGGCUCAGAGUUCAUCUCAGAUUAGUUUUGGUUAAUUCAUUCUUCGUGGCUCUUGGCUGGGAAAAAAUAAAAAAUUCACCCAAAAAUUGGUUUGCAGUGUUCUGUUGGAACUUCGCCCAAAUCAAUCUUGUUAAUGAGACAUGCUAUUUCCGCCUCAUGAGAAAAAGUGUAUAUUUUUGACCAUAGCGCCACCUACAGCUUAAAAUGCUUUAAUGUGUGCUUGUGAGUAGCAGUGUGUUGUAAUAAGUU